AUGCGUCUGGCAUCUUCGGCUGUCGCGCUUCUCGCAGCUCACAUGGUCUCUGCAAUCCCGACUAACUACGCGCGAAGCAUCGAAAAGGAACUCCCAGAUGGCCUCCCAUAUCCAAGUCCAAGCGAGCUGUCGCUGAUUGAACAAGCCGCUCACGGGACUCUUCCAAAUGGACCCGCGCCACCCGUCAUUAGCAAUAAAGGCAUUACAAGCCUCAAACUGAUUGCUUUCAACGAACUGUUCGAAGUGGCCUUCUUCCACGAGCUUCUCUUAAAUGUCACCGAAAACGUCGAAGGCUACCGCUUCACUGACCAAGGCGACCGGGAUUUUGUCACCCGAGCACUGACAGCUAUAGUCGCGCAAGAGGAACUUCACGCAAUUCGUGCCAAUAACGCCCUCGCCAGCUUCGGUCAAAAGCCCAUUGAGCCAUGUCAGUACACCUUUCCCGUCCAUGAAUUCGACACCGCUAUUAAGCUCGCCUCAACAUUCACGGAUGUCGUCCUCGGGACACUGCAGGAUGUGGUGGAGCGCUUCGCGAUCGGCGGUGACUUCGAUCUCGCCCGUGAAAUUGCCUCAGUGAUCGGUAAUGAAGGCGAGCAGCAGGGUUGGUUCCGGAUCAUGCAAGCCCGUAUCCCUAGCGAGCUUCCGUUCCUCACCACCUCCGAUCUGAACUUCGCGUUCACUGCUGUGCAAGGAUUUACUGUACCCGGCAGCUGUCCCAACAUCGACGAAAUUCCACUUCGAACCUUUGAGCCCCUGGAAAUUCUUAACGCGCCAAAGGCGGAGUCAAUGAAUUUGACAUUCUCAUAUGACGACAAAUAUAAUGAGAGCGACCAUUUUCUGUGGGUGACUUACGUCAACCAGUUGAAUGUCCCCGUAGUCGAACCUUUGAGCAUCAUUUCGAAGGAGGGAACAAAGGUUGAGGCAGAAGCGCUUUUCCCCUAUGGCAACUAUGAGCUUAACGGAUUGACCAUUGCUGCCGUGACAAAAAGUGACGGGCCUUUCGCGGAUGCUAAUUCCGUGGCUAAAUGGACGCUUGCUGGACCGGCAUUGAUUAUUAUUAACUGA